AAAGAGUAAAAUGUGAUGCAAUAAAUUAUUCCAAUUUUUAACUCACACAUAAUGAAUUUCAAUAGAAAAACUAUUAUAGUUUUCCUCCUACACCCAUUGUUAUAACUAGAAUAUAAGGGCUAUCUAUAUUUUCAAAUCAUGCAAGGAAAACUCUAUACGCAAUCAACACAGUAUUUUCCAGGCUUUUCAUAUGUGCUAAGUACCUGCUAAUUAGACCCUUCCCUCCUUUUUGUUGUUUAAAAUAUUUUAUUUUCAAUAAUAUUACCAUUGGGGUGGAAAAAUGGGUACGUAAGUGUAAAUUCAAUGUAUAAGCAAUAAGCAUUUGUGCAAAUCAGCACUCAAGCUUCUUCUAUAAAUAUCAACUUAAAAUCAAUACAAGCAAUCCACCACUGAGUAGAGAGCAAGAUAUAUAGAGGAGAGAGCUUCAUUAUUUAUUGAAGAUAUCAACUCACAAAAUGAAAGCAAUCCCUUGGUUUGUAUUGGUAUCUUAUAUUUGCCUGGCUAGUCUGCAUUAUGGCUUGGCAGAGGGUGCCAUCCAUUACUAUGACUUCGUUCUCAAGGAAACUAAUUUUACAAGGCUGUGUAGCACAAAGAGCAUGCUGACUGUAAAUGAUAGUUUUCCAGGGCCUGAGAUUCAUGUUCAAAAGGGGGAUACUGUGUUUGUUAACGUUCACAACCAAGGCAAAUAUGGUGUCACUAUUCACUGGCAUGGAGUGAAGCAACCGAGGAAUCCAUGGUCAGAUGGUCCUGAAAACGUUACGCAGUGUCCUAUCCCAGCAGGAACAAAUUUCACCCAGGAGAUCAAUUUUAGCUCAGAAGAAGGAACUCUCUGGUGGCAUGCCCAUAGCGACUGGUCAAGAGCUACUGUCCAUGGAGCCAUCAUUAUUUACCCUAAAAAUGGAACCACUUAUCCGUAUACUGAACCUUAUGAAGAAGAAACAAUUGUGCUUGCUUCAUGGUACAAGGCAGAUGUGAUGGAGGUGAUCACUGAUGCCCUUACAACUGGUGCAGACCCCAACGUCUCUGAUGCCUUUACAAUCAAUGGAGAACCUGGAGAUUUGUAUGAUUGCUCCAAUGAAACUACAUAUCGUUUGGCGGUUGAAUAUGGCAAGACCUAUCUCCUCCGCGUUAUCAACGCCAUAUUAAACGAAGAAACAUUCUUCGGAAUUGCAGAGCACAACCUCACACUUGUAGGCACAGAUGGCGCAUAUGUGAGGCCUGCAACUGUAGAUUACAUCGUCAUAGCUCCAGGGCAAACCAUGGACGUUUUGGUCACAGCAAACCAGGCUCCUAGCUACUACUACAUUGCUGGCUCUCCUUUCGCUGAUUCUAUAGCUCCAUUUGACAACACCACAACCACUGCAAUUUUUGAGUAUAAGGGCAAUUAUACUCCUCCAUCAACCAUUCCAUUUCCAGUUCUUCCUCUUUAUAAUGACUCUGAUGCUGCAGCUACCUUCACAAAUAAGAUAAGAGCCUUGAACAGUGCAGAACACCCUGUUAAUGUCCCCAAAAACAUCACUAGACAAAUCUAUAUGACAGUGUCCACAAACACUUUGCCAUGCCCCAACAAUUCCUGUUCAGGGAAUUCUAAUGGAGAUAGACUAUCUGCUAGCCUGAACAACAUCAGCUUCGACACUCCUUCUAUAUCAAUUCUCCAGGCAUAUUACUGGAACUUGAGUAAGGAUGUUUAUACCACAGAUUUCCCUGAAAAGCCUCCAACGUUCUUUGACUUCACUGGAAAUGUGGACAACAUUACAUUGUACACAAACCCAGGGACCAAGGUGAUAAUGCUAGACUUUAAUGAGACGGUGGAAAUUGUUUUCCAAGGGACUAAUCUGUCGGCUGCUGAAAACCAUCCGAUGCAUCUCCACGGUUUCAGCUUCUAUUUGGUUGGGAAGAAUAAAGGAAAUUUUGACAACGCCACUGAUCCCUUGAAAUAUAAUUUGAUUGAUCCACCAGAAGUUAACACCAUUGGUCUUCCCAAGAAUGGAUGGGCUGCUAUCAGGUUUUACGCUGACAAUCCUGGGGUAUGGUUUAUGCAUUGUCAUUUGGAGCGUCAUGCAAGUUGGGGCAUGGACACUGUGCUUAUAGUGAAGAAUGGGGGCACCGAAGCAACAAGCAUCCGCCCACCCCCUUCCUAUAUGCCUCCUUGUUCCAAGUCCUAGAUGUGAUGCUACGCCUCAAUCUUUCAUUUUGAAGUCUUUCAGGAAUGUCUCGAAUUAGUUUUAGUCACUAUAGUCAUAUAAUUCACCUUAUAAACUCAAGUUGAGUCUUUAUUUCUUAAAUUUCCACUUAAAAAAAUAAUUUUAGUUUUUUUAGCCAAAGAAAAAUUGAUUUGUAUCGUCAUACUAUAAGGUCAAGCCACGUGUUGUAUGUGUGGAUCUUAAGUGUGUGUUAAUUAUAUUGUGUGAUUGCCAAUAUUAAUCAAGUCUAAUUAUUCAAGCCA